GUGGAGAAAGUAUCGGGCAGGAUGAACAAGUUGAUCUGAGCAAGUAGUGCUACUCAAUACUAGAGCUACAACACAGUGCUGGCUGGACCAGCCUGUUUACUGUGGGCCAGACGAAUCGAUGCGAUCUUUGCACGAGGCAAAAGCCCCGGUUACGUGAAAUGUGGACCCCCACCACGAUGUUACAGUGUCCCAGUAAUGAUGUUUUGAGUAAUCGAAUAUACUAUUAUAGAGAAUACGAAGUUGACAAGAAUCGAGUAGGAUAUUGUUUUUGUAUGCUAAAAUAUGAUCAUAGACAGCCUUGACACAGCCAUACGUUAUACAGUGAGACCACUGUUGUCAACUGGAUCAUGGAUACAUACAAAUCACGGGAGUCCUAAAGAUCGCUGGUAGAAAUGGAGGGAUGAAAUAGGAUUUUAAAAAUCCCCUGUACACAGCUGUGGAACUUGUUAUCAAUAUGUUUAAUAUAUAAACACUUGAUCUAAUAUUAGAUGUGCUAAUCAUUGACCCGAUGUAAUAUUUAUAUCUCAACACAACUGAAAAUAUUCGCUAAAAUGAUUGCAAUACUAGUACAUUUUGGAAUGUUUUUAUGUGUACAAAACAGUAGAGCACACAAUUAUGACAUAGGCCUAGUGACCAUGACCAAGCAUUCAAAGAAUAGAAGACGACCACUGUGUAUACAAUGUUUGUUUGAAGGAAUUCAAGUCUCGACAUAUUUUGAAAGGAGUAAAUAUCAUCCCGUUGGAUAAACCAAUGACUCAAGUGUGGACAUAAGAGUCAAAGUGUUGCUCUACCAAGAAACACAAUGGACUGGCAACAGAUAGCAUCGAUCAUUUUUUGUUUCUUCAUUACUGUAUCCCUAUGCACAAAAGAUUCCUCACGUGGUAAGUUUAUUCCAGAUGAACAGAGACUGUAUGACCAAAUAAUGACCGGUUACUUAAAGACAGUUCGGCCGGUCGUCAAUGGUUCCUUGCCCCUGCAGGUGCUCUUCUCCAUCCGCCUGAACCAAAUAGUCAACUUGAAUGAACGUCAGCAAGUGUUGACAAUCAACGCAUUUAUCGACCAAUCUUGGACUGAUCUAGCUUUAUCCUGGGACCCUGCUGAAUUUCAAGAUGUAAGGUCAUUAAGAAUACCAGCUGAUCAAGUCUGGAAACCGGAUACUUUCAUUUAUAAUAAUGCAGAUAAUCGAUCAACAGGAUUCAUUCAUGGAACCUACAUUCAGAUCAAACAUACAGGGGAGGUAAACUGGCCAGUUCCUGUAAGACUGAGAAGCUCUUGCGUUGUUAAAAUUACCUACUUUCCAUUCGACUAUCAGUUCUGCAUGGUGAAAUUUGGCUCUUGGAUAUACAGUCAAAACUUAGUGGACUACAAUGUCAAACAGAGUGUUAUCAAUGUGGACCCAUCAAGUUAUAUCAAGAACAGUGAAUGGGAUUUAUUAUCCAUGAAAUUGGAGAAGAGUAUUACAAAUAUGUCUCUAAGUUUGGGAUUACAUCCCCACAUAACUGCCAUGUUGUAUCUGAAGAGAAAUACUUUCUACUAUCUGUUUAACAUUAUUGUACCAUGUAUGAUGCUAUCAAUGUUGACCUUGAUGACAUUUUGGCUAGCCCCAACAUCUGGAGAAAAAGUCACUCUGGGAUUGUCAGUAUUUCUAGCAUUUUCUAUGUUCAUGCUACUGAUUGCUGAAGAAGUCCCUGCUUCAUCUGAUGCUGUGCCAUUGAUAGGAAUCUAUCUGUGUGUUGUUAUGACUAUGACAUCUAUUUCUGUACUGUGUGCUGUUCUUGUCACUAACCUACAUAAUAGGGGAUCCAAGUUAAGACCAGCACCAAGAUGGGUGGCUAGCUUGUUCAUACGCUACUUGGCUCUGCCAUUUAGGGUCAGCCAAGACGUUCAACUGUUGGCAUCAACUAUAUUUCUGUCUGAUUACUGCAAGUAUUUCAUUUUACAUGACAGUAGGACUGCUAAAACGUCAGAGUAUUGUGAACAAGAAACUACCAUAGACCCACUGUCUGAUGACAGCCAUUUCACUGAAACACCAUCACAUCAUGUCAACUCUCAGAACACACCAUCACAUCAUCAAAGACAACUGUCCAAGGGCUGCAACUCACUGCAAACAUAUCCAAAUUUUCAGCCACUUCAGGACAUAGCGUCUGAAGAUGAUGAGGAAGAAGACUUGUCCAAGUCUAGAAGUGACUCCUCUCUCUUUCAAAGACUGCCCAUGAACACUCUGAACAGCCGAUACCAAAAGGUUGGUGAAUGUGAUGAUGACCAAAGUUCAAGUAGUUGUGGACAUUAUGCAGGACAACAAGAAGAAUGCCAAGAGGAAUUACAAAUAGAAGAAAAUAUCACCAGAGGACAUUUGAAGUUGAGAGAUAAUGACAUUUCAACACAGACUCCUUUACUCUCUGGAAACUUAGUCAAUCACUGUUCAGUUAAAUGCACAAACCCUCUGUCUGAUACCAGGACACUCAACCAAAUAGUCAACAGAGUUGCGCCAUGCCCAUCCCAGGAAACAUUCUGUGAAUGUGACACCCUUGAAGAGGACGUCUGGGUCAUGAGAGAUGAUUUCAUACCUGUAGCUGACAAACAUUCAAACAAUUCCUGCCAGUGUUCAUAUGAGGAUGAAAGUGAGGGUGAGCCACUGCAGGCGUUGUUGGAUAAAGCUCAGUCUUUUAGCUCAAUAGACACUACUUCCUACAGUCCCACUGGCACCUAUCAGAGACAACGUUUAAAUUAUCACAAAGCCAGAAGGUCAUGGCCAACCCAUGAGAACCCCAAAUUGGUUCUUCGAAGGGCAAAAAUAAUGAUUGCAGAGUGGUGCACCAUUGCCAAGGUUGUGGACCGUUGCCUUUUUCUUUUUUCCCUUAUAGCAACAAUUUUUGCAUAUAUCUUCCUGUUAGUUGUGAUGCCAGAAGGCCAGAACAUUAAAUUAGACAACACAUCAUUUUAUGACACAUUUAAUACUGGCAGCUAUGAUUGGAGCUAGUUGUUGUUUCAUCAUAUGAUCAAUACUAUUUCUAAAUUGUGACAUUUUCUUGCAAUCACAACAAGGACUUUCUUGCACAUGUACAUACAUUAAAACUAUUUUUUUAUUGGAAGAGAUGCACAUGAAAUGUAUGCAGAGAUGUUAUGCAAUGAAAACUUAAAUGACACAGUCUGAAAGCUACAACAUCACACUCGGUGUAUUAUAAACUAUGAGUAGUUAAAGUCAUUAUUUUUGUCUUCUGGAGUACAUAUUUUUUUUAGCUGUUUGACAUUAAUUACUCAUUAUUAAGACUUGCGCUGAAAGUUUUUUAUUUAUUUGAUAGAUUUUGUGUGCUACUUGAUAGUGUAUACUUGUGACACUCAAGAAGAACUUGGGGAAGUGUGUCAAGAGGCUAAGCAUGCUAGAAUUUGGUUUAGCUAUGAAGGGGGCUCAAUGUUCGAUACCUGACUGGGGCAGAGUUGUGUUAACUGAGCGCCAAGAAGCAGCUUGGCUUACCUUUUCCCAGAUACCUCUCCCCACUGGUUCACAAAUAAGAUUGGACCAUAGCGCUCUGAGAAUGCUAUAAGCAUGAAAGUAGAACUAUAUAAAAGCUGUACAUUUCCUUGAGCAAGUCAACACUAUAUUUUUCUCAUCUAUCAAUUUCUCUUUAAAAUGUAAAGAAUAAAGUAAUCUCUAUUAAGAAUUUUUCCAGUCAUCAAUCAAAGCAAAUCUUUGAUUCUAUGUUAUGUACUAAAGUGUUGUUUUUUAUUCAGAUUAAAUUUAUUUUAUUUCACAUAUAACAAUAUUACUGCAAAACUAUAAUUUGAAUAUCUUUAGAAAUUUUUUUUUUUAAGAGGUUAAGAACAUUGUUUUUUCUAAGGUCUUUUUCAGGGUCAGUAACUUAACAGAGUGCUGUAUAGUUAAAGUCUUGUAAGAUCAUCUUAGAAUUUACAUAUAUUUCUAUAUACAUGUAGUACAUACAUGCAGUCAUUCAUGAUUAUAAAUAAUUUCAUUCUUCAGGAAAGAAAAAAAAGGUGUAUUUUUUUAUAAAUAAAAAUAGAUUUAUUUGACUCAGAAGUCAGGUGUCAACACACAUCUAGUCCAUCAAUACAUUUUUAGUAAUACAUCUUGGCACAAUAUAUAUAUUCAUUAUUUGUAGUUGCUACAAUUUCUCCAUCCAUAGUCAUCAAAUCAAUUUUCUAAUCUGUACACUCAAAUCAUGUUUUCAAGAAUUGUAAAUAAAAUGAUUAAAAAACAAUUGGUUUCCUCCAUGGUCAUAAACUGUAUCAACUAUUAUAGUAUUUUCCUAAGUUGUAACAUUUAUGUUUACAUUGCAUAGUUUCUUGAUUUCAUAAUUCUAACAUAAUUUACCAUUACAUUUAUAAUUAAAAGAAUGUUGUUUAAAUACAAACACAUGAACUAUAAUCAUUAUACAAUUGUAAUCAACAAUAUGUUGAAAAUAACAUGAAAAUCAUUACGAUUGCCUGACAUGAAAAUCAAGAUGAUUAACAUCACUAUAGAAAGUACCUUUUUUAAAAAAAUGAUUUUAAUUAAAACAUUUUAAUAAUUUAAAGUCAAAUAAUAACAAACAUCAUUAAAGAAAAUACUUAGUGAUGACUGAACAAAUGCUAACUACUGUUAAUUUAGUAAUUAAUAAAAAAAUUUAGUUUCCUGAGAAGUCUUGAGUUAAAUGAACACUCUUCAGAUCAAUAUUAUAGACUUAUUUAGUCAGUAAAUUACUAAUGUAAAAGUCUUUAAAAAUACACACAUGAAAUUAGUGUUAAAAAAGAAAGUUCAGCUGAGCAAAGAUUAUUGUUAUCAACAUUUUAUUGAGACUGAUUAAUACUUUUUUAAAUAUAAUUUUUUUUUUACAAAACAAUGAUCUAUUAUUAUAAGUCCAAAAUACUGACUGACUCAUUCACUGAUCAAGAAAUCGUACAGAUCUGCAUGAAAUUUCGUACACAGGUUCCUUUUACCUCCCAGUUGCUCUCUAAGAACCGGAUUUGACAUAUUCGCUACCUGACAAUCGAUAUACCCCAAAAAAACGCAAGCUUUCUAUCAAACCUUUGCAUUUUAUUUUCAGCAUUUCCCCAAAGGUUGCAGCCUACAUAUAAAGCACUUAACAAAUAUUAUAAAUUUCAUAUUUUCAAAGCAUUUUUUUUGUCUUAAUUUUACUUUUUUUUAAUAUGCCUUAUGUAAUUUCAGCUUCCUUUUAGAUGUGGUCUAAAUAAAAAACAAAACCAUUCCUACUAGCAUUAAUAAGAUGGAUCUAGAGUUUAACACUUUCAAAAAAAAACAAAAAAACAACUAAUCCUAAUAGCAUUAAAAUGACAAAUCUAGAUCUAUUGUCAUUUUGCUACAUUCAAAAGGGGUGAGAUAAAAUGAUUACAAUUAAUAAAAACAAACGGAUAUUUCUUUUUAUUUAGAAAACAAAAUAACAAAGUAAAUGUAGAAAGGGAACAGGAAUGAGGAAUUGAUUUGGAGCCUUUGGAAAAUGCAUUUUUUUUCUCUUAGCCUGAAACUGAUGGUAUAAAGAAAUGUAUUCAGUGUCUAAUACCAUACAUUGCUUGCAUUAAUAUUAAAGGUUGGAAAAAAAAAGAAAAAGGACUAACUUUUUGUUUUUGGAUGGGGGGUGGGGUGGGGGGCGGAUAAGUGAAUGUGUUACAAGAAUUAAUGGGCCCAAAAUAUGAGGUUGGUGUAUGUGUCAGGGGGCACAUUAUGAAGCAGGU